UUCACUGCACAACUGCAGAACUGCUGCUGGGGACAAGGAUAGAAAGACAGCAAAACCCUACAGAGACAAUAUGGCCGAAGACGCCAUUCUUGCUUUUCUUCAGAAGAAUGAUGAGAUUUCUGAUAGUGGAAAAUUCGCCGACGAACAUGGCUUCGCUCAUGAUGAGAUUGUCAAUGUCAUUCGCAGCCUCAAUGGGUUUAGACUUGUUGAUGCUCAGGAUAUUAGGAGAGAGAGAUGGGUGCUUACUGAAGAGGGGAAGACCUAUGCUGCUGUAGGUUCUCCGGAAUUUCAGCUUUUCUCAGCAGUACCACCCAAGGGAAUUGCACGCGAGGAGUUGCAGAAAAAGUUGGAUCCUGCAGUUUUUAAAAUUGGUUGCCAGCAAGCUAUAAAGAACAAGUGGGUGGAGAUGGCGAAGACUCAUGUUUCAAGGAAGGUCCAACAUGCUGAUGACAAAGUUAAAGAUUUGCUCUUGCGGAUACAAAAUGGCGAGGCUGUCAAUCAGGAGGAUAUUGAUGCUCUAAAGCGAAGAAAACUAAUAACUCAGCAGGUUUGGAAAGGACACUCAGUAAGAAAAGGUCCUAAUUAUGCUCCUAAAAGGAAAAGAGCAGCUACUGAUCUCACUCGGGAAAACUUACAGAGGGGGGACUGGAAGGAAUUGGAAUUUAAAGAGUACAACUUCAGUGCUAAAGGUCAGCCAGUUGAAGGUGGCUAUCUUCAUCCAUUGCUCAAGGUUAGGCGGCAGAUACAAAUGGUUUUUCUUAAUAUGGGGUUUGAGGAGAUGCCAACAAAUAAUUAUGUCGAAAGCAGUUUUUGGAACUUUGAUGCACUUUUCCAGCCACAACAGCACCCUGCCCGUGAUUCCCAUGAUACAUUCUUUUUGAAAGUACCUUCCACUACAAAGAUGCUUCCAGAAGAUUAUGUUGAGCGCGUAAAACAAGUUCAUGAAUCUGGUGGUUACCAAUCUAGGGGAUAUGGGUGUGAUUGGAAAAGAGAGGAAGCAAACAAGAAUCUUUUGCGGACACACACUACUGCUGUUUCGUCAAGAAUGUUGUGUGCAUUGGCUCAGAAGCCGUUCUCCCCGAAGAAAUACUAUUCUAUUGAUCGUGUUUUCAGAAAUGAAGCAGUUGAUAAGACACAUCUUGCUGAAUUUCACCAGAUAGAAGGCUUAAUAUGUGACCGUGGACUUACUCUUGGUGACCUGAUUGGUGUUCUUCAUGACUUCUUUUCUCGUCUAGGAAUGUCCAAGCUUCGGUUCAAACCUGCUUAUAAUCCCUAUACUGAGCCCAGCAUGGAAAUUUUCAGCUACCAUGAAGGUUUACAGAAAUGGAUAGAAGUUGGCAAUUCUGGUAUGUUUAGGCCUGAAAUGCUGCUUCCCAUGGGGCUUCCAGAAGAUGUUCGGGUUAUUGCCUGGGGCCUUUCCCUUGAGAGGCCUACCAUGAUUCUCUACGGAUAUGACAACAUCAGAGAUCUUUUUGGUCCCAAGGUGGAUCUAGCUGAACUAAAAAAGAAUCCAAUAUGCCGGCUUGGACUUCAGUAACUCAUACCAUUCCCGGCUUGUGGGUCCAUUCUAGCACGCGUCGACAUUCUUGAUUGUUUUGAGAUAGAUUUUUUCUGCAGGGCCAGCUAGUUGAGGUCAUUUUUUGUUUUACAGUGGGACAACUUUCACCGGAAUUUAUUGUAGAUGGACAAUUUUCUACAUACAGUUGAGAUUGUUGAUACAAAUGUGAAGAUUAUAUUUCAAAUGGAUGGAAGUUGUAUUCAAGUUUGAUGCUGUCACUGGAUUUUGACUCA